AUGUAAAGAUGUUCUUUCUUGAAUUAAAUUUUAUUAUUCUAUCUAAAAAAAGAUAAUCCGAAAACUAUUUUCACUGUCUGCUCCUAUAGAGAAUUCAUUUUUAAUUAAUGUCCUUAAUAUGUGUACAAUCAAUUAAACUAAAGCAUAUUUUAUGCUGAUCUCUAUUUUGUCAGAAGUGUAUUUAAAUUUAAUCUUCUAAGUCCAUAGCAGUAAUAUUUCAUUAAAACAAAUGAUUUUAUUUCCUUUUAUGGAAGAGCUGCUUUUAAAGCUUCUUAGAAUGAAGGAAUAAUAUAAAUUAGUAAUAUUUAUAAUUCAGAUUAAACAUCAGUCCAAUAAGUAAAUCCCUCACUGUUUUAUAAUUAUACUGCUUCUGAUUUUGAGAAUUGCUUUGGAAAUGAUUUUAUUGAACCAUAUGAUCCUAGAUGCAGAUAUUGGUAUAAAUAUGCUUAAAAAAAUAAAGGGUUUUUUAUUUUUGAACCAUAUAUUGAUGCUCUAACAGGAACUUUGCUGAUGAGUCUUUCUACAUAAAUGGAAUAUGAGUCUCAAUUCUAUUCAGUGGAUAAUAUUGAUUUUUCAAUACCAAAUAUUUUACAAGUUUUUGAUUCAGAUAAAAGUGAAAAUUCUUAUUCAGUAUUAUUUCAUGAAUUCAACUCAACUGUUUUUUUUCAUCCAUUACUUGUUUUUUAUUAAGUUAUGACAUGGGCAGAUAUAGAAUUUUUUAAUAUAAAUUAAUUUUGCAGCAUUUCUAUUGAAUAGAUGCAUAUGUGUCAAUCUUAAAAGCAAGAAUUUGCAUAGCAAGUAAAUGAAACUAUUGAAUUUAUUAAAAGUGGGAGUUAUUCUAUUGAAAACACUAAUUUUGACAAAUUUUACUAAUAAUGGCAAAGGUUUGGAUAAAAACAAAUUAGUUUUAUUCUACCUGUGUAGAGUCAACUUAAGGGAUAUAACAAUCAAUAGCCUUAUUCAUUUGCUAUAAUAUUUAUUGCUAGAGUCAUAACAGAUAGAAGUGAUUAAUUAAAAUUAUUUAAUUUAAUCAACAUACAAUUUAUCAAAUAUUUUCUAGUAUUUGAUUUCGUUUUGGGUGAAAACCCUAAUUAGACAAAUAUGUAGAUUGAUUAAAGUUAAAAUUAAUUUUUAUUAGAAGAAGAAUCUACAAGGUAAUUUUAGAAUACACCAAUAAAGUUUUGCUAAGUAGUUGAAAAAUCGUUUGAUGAAUAAUCAAAAACUAACCAUGACUUUAUAGAUAGCCCUUUAAAGAAAUUAAAUAGUCACUUUAAUUCUCCAUUGUAAUCUUCUAAAAAUUCUUACUCUCCUCCUUAAAAUUUAAAAAAAUUAAACUAGAGUACUCAAAGAAUUUUUGAUUAUAUUUAGCAAUCUCACAUUCUUGGAAAGAAAUGCGAUAACAUUUAAUUGAAUUCAUAAGAUUAAAAUUUUUCAUUUAAUAGAGCUAACUAUUCACCUAACUCUUAAAAUAAAUUUAAAGAGAGGCUCUAAAAAAAAGUGGCAUUUAAAGAAUAAGAAUAAAUUAGAGAAGAAAGGAAAGAAAAGAUACUCAAAGGACUUAAACCAUUAUUCCUAGAAAUGAAGAUCAUAAAAUAAGUUUUUCAAGAUCUAGAAAGUGUUAUUAACUAUUAAAUAAACUCAUAAAAUUAAAAUUAAUAAAACUCAAUGAAAACUCUUUUUCAUUUUACCUAGGCCAAAACUAUAUUCUAAAAGCUUAAAAAUUAAACUGGACUUAGUAGGUGUUAUUACAAUUUGGGUAUAAUUUAUCUUCUAAAAUAUGAUUUUAGCUUGGGUUCAGAAUACUUUGAGUCUGCUAUUUAACUAAACUUAGAAUCCCUUGGUAUAAAUUAUCAAGAUCUAACAAACCAAAAGUUCAUAGAUACCUCUUCAAUAAAAACUGAAAAUUAAAUUUUAAUUCUGUCAAAAAGAUUAUUUUCUCAAGCAUAUUGCUUAAAAUAACAAGCGCUUCAA